AUGCAUUCUCAUCUGCAUACCAAAGAUAAUAUCAACUGCGAGGAGAUAAUGACAAUGCUGGACGAAUGCCACGCGCGAGGCUUCAUGCACAAGGUCUUCGGAAACUGCAAUGAUGUCAAACGAGAGGUCAAUCGCUGCCUGUACGCCGAGAGACUGAAACGCGCAUCUCGCAACAGGGAGAAGGCCAGAGAGAACAGGGCGAGAAUCGAGAAACUCUGGAACGAGGACGCAGCGCAAGGACAGAUGAGCACAACCAGUUAA